UUUCAAUUCCGAAGCUUAGAAAGGAGGCCGAAACUUUCAAUUCGGUAAACAUCACAAAUAAAAAAUCCACAGCCUCCCAUUACAUCGAGAAUAACGUGGAAGUGGAAACUUCUUUUGCAGCUCUAGAGAUAUUAUCCAUUCACCUUGCAUUUCGGUUACUGUGAGAAAACUCAUAGCGAUUUAGGGUUUUAAAUGCAGGUUACUGGAAUAUGCUUUGAUUCCUUUUGCUUUUUUCUUCAAUUCGCAUGUAAUUAUUAGGGUUACCUGCGGUAUGGCUGCUAAAGAUAGAAUCAGUGAACUUCCUGGUGAUGUAAUUGACCAUAUUUUGGGGUUCUUACCAAUUCGAGAUGCUGCUAGAACUUCUGCUUUGUCUACAGUUUGGAGAGAUGUCUGGUUAAGUGUUUCCCAACUUAGAUUUGAUAGGAAGUUUUUCGAUUACAUCCAGUACAACUACGUUAUGGCCUCGGCCAUGUUUAUAAUCAACAAAAUUCUUAUGAAACAUAAUGGACCUAUUCGAAAAUUUGUCUUUGAUUUUACCAUGUUUUAUUUGAAAGACGACGAAGAUAAGUCUCGAUGGGCUGAAUUUGAUGAAUUGUUACUUUUUCUCACAAGAAAUGGUGUUGAAGAAAUGGACCUAUCUUUUGAGUCAUCUGCGUACAUAUUGCCUGAUUUCAUAUAUUCUUGCUCAACACUGAAAAAGUUGAGUCUUUGUGGAGUGUUUAUUGAACCAAUAAAGGCCUCAUGCAUAUUUCCUAAUGUCACUUCUCUUUAUCUUGAAGAUGUUGAGUGUGAUUCAAAAAAUCUUGUUCAAUGUCCUGCUGACCUUCCUAUGCUCAAGUCUCUUGUGUGUCGAAAUAUUUCUGGUUUUAACAUCACUGCCCCAAAGCUUAGCUGUUUAACAAUUUGCUUCACUCUUAGACAAGGUAUUCUUCCUGUUAACAUGGACAUGAAAACUAUCCAUUCUCUUCAUCUCGAUGAUUAUUCGACAAAGGAUUUUAUUAAAGAGUUAACUAGAUUGGGAAAGCAAGGAACUACACUCAAUGUGAACCACCUCAAGCUAGGGGUUGAUGUCAAAGAUGAUGAAAUUUCUGCGUUCAUUGAUUUGUUGCGGAUGUGCCCAAAGUUAUACAGACUUGAUAUACUUCUACCGUGGGAUGUAGAGGCGACUACUAUAGACUUCUUGUUGGAGCAUCCAAAGUUUAAUGUGGCCGAAACAUGCAAAACAGUUCAUGAAUUGCAUCUUUUCUGCAUGUUUAGUGGGUCAAGGGGAGAAAUGCUACUCUUCAAGUGGCUACUUACAUGCUUUCCCAUGCUUAAGAAGCUUUUCGUAUUCCAACGUACAGUAUUUUCCUCCCAGACGGAGAACAGAAAAAAGCGGAAACUUUUGCGCUUUCUCCGGGGUUCUUCAAAAGCCAACAUUGUUUACAUUAUAGGACGCCGUUAGAUUUGUAGUCUAUUUGAAGUAUUUUGUUAUACAUAGUGCAUAUGACUAUUUUCAAGUAAGUCAUCUAUAUGUAAACUUUCAACCUCCAAAUUUUGCUGAAAGUUCCCUACUAGCUUUAUGUCUUUAAGGCCAGCACGACUGAAUUUCUUUAAGUGAGAUUUCUCCAUCCCCUAACCUACUAUGAUCUCGGGUACUGAAUUUCAAGAUUUCAGAAGUGAAUCGAAAUCGAGCUUGUUAUAUUCGGGCUGGUUGAUUUCGGCUCAGUUACGAAUAGAGGAUUUCGGGCCUGAUUUCAAAAAGUAGAAAUUCAGGCCUGCUUCGAAAUUGAGGAUCUCGGGCCUUGGUUCAAAAUUGAAGAAUUCGGAGAAAAGGAUUUCGGGCUGGCAAACUGGAGAAGAUCUCGGUUGCUGAUCUCGGGAGUAGCUCAAAUUCUUUUGUUGAAGAUAUGAGAUUUCGAGUACGCGAAAAAAUUAAUCUCGUAUAAAUAGGGUUCCUUUCGUGAUUUCUUUUCUUCCUUUAGAGCAGCUGCAACUAGGCAUGGACUCGGUUCGGGCCGGGCCCGGUUCGGGCCUUGAACCGGCCGGGCCCCGGUUCAAGGUUUGGGAGGCCCGGAACCGGCCCGGGUAACCCCGGGUCCGGUUCGGGCCGGGCCACCCGCCCGGUUCACGGGCCGGGCCCAGUUCGGGCCGGUCCUUUUAAUUUUUUUUUUAAUUUAUAUAUUAUAUUAUUAUAAUAAUUGUUAUUAAAAACAAAAUUCAAGUGCAUUUAUUUGAAA